AUGUCCGGAGGCGAAUCAGGUGCAGCCAUGUCAGCGGUACCGAGCCGCGAUACCGAGCGAAAGGGCCAGCGAACGGUGAAUGAAUAUACAGAGGAGUUUUACCGCCUGAGUGCUCGCAACAACCUCCAGGAAUCCGAGAAUCAGCUAGUAGCCAGAUACAUUGGUGGUCUGAAGGACCUCAUACAGGAUAAAUUAGAGCUCAAUUCCGUUUGGACUUUAUCCCAGGCAGUAAACUUUGCUCUGAAAGCCGAAAAUCAGUUAUUGCGGCACUCCCGUGGCAGCGCCUCAGGAAGCUCUUCCAGACGGGUAUACGGCGACUCCAAUGUUCAUAGCUCCAAGACAAAUCCGUAUGCUACUAGCCCAAUUUCAACUUCCCGUAAUCCUCAUGUCAACAAUUCUUCAAAUUACAACCGUGAUACCACUGUUGAACCUAAAGGCACACUUAAGGCCUCAGUUCUUCCGAGGGAUAAUCCUUAUAGCAAACCUGGGACACUGAAAUGCUACAGAUGCUUCCAACCUGGACACAAGUCCAAUGAAUGCCCAAAUCGACAGCGAAUUCAAAUAUUGGAGGGAGAAAAUCCUCCCCUGGAGGUUGCUCCAACCUCGGCUGAGCUUGAAUCCGAUGUUGGAAUUGAAGAGGUGCACGGUGACGACGGUGAGCCUCUCAUCUGUGUUAUACAAAAGCUUCUGUUAGCUCCCCGCACUCCAAACCAUUCACAGCGAAAUGCCUUGUUCAAGACUCGAUGUACUAUACAAGGAAAAGUCUGUGAAUUGCUAAUUGACAGUGGUUGCACCGAAAAUGUGAUUUCGCGUUCUGUAGUGCAUGCCUUACAACUCAAAACUACAAAUAAUCCUCAUCCGUAUAAGGUCAGUUGGAUAAAAAAAGGCAUGGAAGUAACCGUGACGGAGAUGUGUCGCGUUACAUUUUCGAUUGGGAAACACUAUGUCUGUGAAGUUCUCUGCGACAUAAUUGAGAUGGACAUCUGCCACCUUAUCUUGGGCCGACCCUGGCAAUACGAUAUGGGCGCCAUUUAUGAUUGUCGACAGAACGUCUAUACAGUGGAUUGGAAAGGGAAAAAGCUAAGGCUGUGCCCACAGACUCCUACAUUGUCUGGUUCAACCAUUACUCAUAAUGCAGCUUACGUGGUCUCAGGUAAGCUUCUAGUGCAAUCGCGGCAGGAUGUUAAGGCCCUCUUAGCCUUAGUUGUAGCUGACAGCAACAAGGAAGGGGUUACUAGUUCCUAUCCGUUGGAGAUCCGAGAAAUUCUGCAUCAGUUUGCUGAUGUAAUUCCUUCAGAAUUACCACCGGGACUGCCUCCUCUUCGCUCCUUGCAGCAUCAGAUCGAGUUUAUUCCUGGCGCCACAUUACCGAAUCUGCCGCAUUAUCGCAUGAGUCCAAAGGAAUGUUCCAUCCUACAGGAAACGAUUAAAGAACUUCUUGACAAACAAUUGAUACAGCAUAGCUUGAGCCCCUGUGCGGUACCUGCUUUGCUCGUGCCGAAGAAAGACGGCCAGUGGCGUAUGUGUGUGGACAGCCGCGCCAUUAACAAAAUUACGGUGAAAUAUCGUUUCCCUGUACCCCGAGUCUCCGAUUUGCUAGAUCGUUUGGCCGGUGCCUCCGUUUUCUCCAAGCUUGAUCUCCGUAGCGGCUAUCACCAAAUCCGCAUUCGUCCCGGCGACGAAUGGAAAACCGCAUUCAAGACUCGUGAUGGUUUAUACGGACCUUAUAUAUGCCUUUGA